AUGUUUGACAUUGAGAAAUUUGCCUCACCAUUGGAAGUAUCUCAAACUAAGUUUAUUUUUACAGAGGAUGGGGACGCCUGCGCAGAAGAGGGCUUGGGUAACAAACGAGGGACGCCUGCGCAACAAACGAGGGACGCCUGCGCAGGGGAGCAUGCGCGGACGCUUCGCAGAGGGAAGUUUAAGUUCCGGUCCCGGUUCCGGUUCCGGUGCGGCGUUUGUCCUUGCCGAGCGUUCGGUUGUCGCAGUUGGUGGGGAGGUGAAGUUGCCAAAAUGCUGAGGAACUUGCUGGCUCUUCGCCAGAUUCCCCAGAGGACUAUAAAUGUUGCUCCAGUCCGGCAGUUUAAAAACAAAGUUGCAGAAAAACAAAAGCUAUUCCAGGAGGAUGAUAACAUUCCAGUGCAUCUAAAAGGUGGGGUAGGAGAUGCCCUACUGUAUAGAGUCACCAUGGUGUUUACUGUUUUUGGAACAGCUUAUGCCCUUUAUCAGCUUGGCAUGGCUUCAUUUCCCAAGAAACAGGAUUAAUUCAAGUUUACCUCCAUGGGAAUCAAUUGAUUUAAUUUCAUGCAGCUUUCCAGGGAACAAUCUGUGAUAAAUAGCUGAGUUCAUUCUGGGGAUCAAUAUUUAUUAAACUGUACUAACUGCAGUCAAUAAAGCGGUUUUACCCUGC